AUGCGAGGGAAAUUUACUUAAAUCAUUACAAAUUUUUACAAUAGUUCAUUAGAUACUCUUUGCAGUCAACGGCAGGGAAGUGAGUUUAAUUUAACUUUUACAUUUAUAUAUAAUAGAUAUUUGACAAGGCGAUCUGUCCGGAUGACAUAUUCGACAACCAAACAGCAACCUAAUUGUAAUAAACAAAUAAGGGAAUCCACGUACCCUAACAUGAUUAAGAGCUGACUUAAUUUUGAACAGCUGUAGCCUUAAUUAGUCCUUCCCCACUUAAUUCUUUCUCCAUUUCUGCAUACCUAAAUGUAUUCCAUCUUCCAAAAAUCCUAACUUUCCAUCUCUUUAGUCUCUGUUUUCUAGUUUCAAUAACUCAACCAAAUAAUUCUCCCAAUAUGAUGCAUUCAGUUGGUUAUAUUUACACGAUUUUCUGGUUUCUUAUUUUUGUUGCAACUGGAUCUGCAUCAAUUAAUUCACAAUACACAGCAAAAAGCUCUCUUGAUUCCUUACUUCAAGAAUAUGCUUUCAAGGCAUUGGCAUGGCCAAGAACAAAAAGUGGUACUGCAUAUGAAGGAUCUGUUCCUUUCAAUUUGACUGGGAUUAGAAUUUCAGCCUUGAUGCUUAGAAGAGAUAGCUUAAAAUGGAGAGGCUAUGGCUACUAUCAUGAAUUUCUUAUCCCAACUGGGAUCACUGAGGAGCCUUAUGUAACAAGAAUUGUUCUUGUCUACCAAAAUCUUGGUAAUUGGUCCUCACUUUAUUAUCCUUUGCCUGGUUACAUUUAUCAAACACCAGUUUUGGGUAUUUUUGCUUAUGAUGCAAUGGAUAUGUGUGCCAAAAAUAAACCAGAAUUGCAAAUCCAUGCAUUGGAAAAUCCUAUAGAUAUCAGGUUCAGUAAUGUGCAGCCUGCACCAGAGGGAUCUUUGCUCAAGUGUGUUUAUUUCAACUCGGAUAAUUCGAUCGAAUUUGGCAAUGUGACAAAUGGAAAUAUAUGUUCAACUAGAAAACAAGGCCAUUUUGCAAUAGUUGCUGAGGUGAAAGUUGCUCCUAGUCCUGCUCCUUCUGCUGAUGGAAAUAAUAAUAAUCAACUCAGCACUGAAGUGUGGACUAUUUCAUUGGGAUUUCUAGGUUUUGCGUUUUUGGGAGUAUUAUUUGUUGUUGCACAGAAGUAUAUAUUAGUGGAAAGAAGACCGAUUUUGGAAGAUUCAGCAACAAUAAUUGUGCCAUUACUGGGGCAGCUAGUGAGGUGCCAAUGUCAGAGGAAACUCUUACCACAUCUUUGCCGGAGAAUGAUUAUGCGAUUAGACCGUUACCGGAGAACGACUAUGUGCCUCAGAUUGAUCAGCAUCUUUAGUCAACAAUGUGCUUAUAGAGGUGCAAUUUAUUUAUCAUCUUGUAUCAUAUAAUUUUAUUAAAGGAGCAAAUUGAGGUGUGUAGUGUAACAUAUAUUGUUUCUGAGAUUACCUUCAUUAUGUGUAUGAUAUUAGUUAUGGCCUUGUAUGCAUUCUUCUCAGUGUAACAUGAAGGUAUACUCCCGGGAGGCAUUGGCGUAGUAAAAGUUUUUGCUAAGGGUGUUCAGAUUUUGAAGAAGUAUAUAAUCUUUUCCUAUUAAUGGGUGCAUAUAAUAAUUUUGAUCAAACUAUGUAUUACUUAUAUCAUAAGGCUUUGAUGGUGUUUUUUAAUUGGUCAGCAUUUCUAUUGUUAGGUUAUGAGAUGCCAAACUUAUUUUUGGUAC